AUGGCCGUGCAAACGACGACGAAGACGGAAAUGCAGUCACUAAGUCCCUCCACAGACAUCGUCGAGAUGUGUCCGCUAGGGACGAGUAGUAGAGUCUUAGCUCCUAAAACGAGCAAUUCGGACUCAACCAGAGUGGAUAUCCGAUACCCUGAGCCCCACGCAGCUCCUGAAGAGGCUCAGGUGUAUCCUACUGGCAUGAAGUUUUGGCUCCUCGUCCUUACUCUAAGCGCUUUGAUUAUUCUUGGAGGGCUAGACGCCAAUAUUGUCGCCAGUGCCGUGCCUAGUAUCACCGAUGAUUUCCACACUGCUUCGGAUGUUGGCUGGUAUUCUUCGGCAUUCAGACUCUGCUCUUGUGUGUUUCAGUUAGUCUUUGGCAAGCUAUAUAAGCUGUUCUCCAUAAAGCGUAUAUUCUUGCUUGCGCAGGCUUUUUUCUUGCUGGGCUCCUUGCUCUGCGCUACAGCCACGGCAUCACCCAUGCUUAUUCUUGGUAGAGCGGUGACUGGAGUAGGAUUUGCAGGCCUUAUCGGAGGACUGUUCAUCAUUCUAGUAUAUAUCCUGCCUCUCCAUCGACGGCCAUUCUUCUGUGGUUUGUUCGGCAUGGUUGAGAGUGCAGCUGUUCUUGCGGCACCUAUUGUUGGCGGGCUUCUGACUGAAUCGCUUGGUUGGCGGUGGUGUUUCUGGAUCAACCUGCCCAUUGGAGCUGUCACGCUUCUAAUGACUAUAUUCCUAUUCUCGGAUCCAAAGCCCAGUAACACAAGUAUUACUUUGGGGCAAAAGCUACUUGAACUUGACCCGCUAAGCAACCUGCUCUUUAUCCCAGCGCUGGCCAGUCUUUUUCUCGCGCUUUCGUGGGCCGGCACAAAGUACGCAUGGGACGACGGCAGAGUUAUCGGCCCUCUCGUUACAUUCGCCGUCCUUAUGGCUGCUUUUCUAUACAACCAACGCCGGCGAGGUAAUGCCGCUGCUGUACCUCCUCAUAUUUUAAAGAGCCGCAACGUCAUUGCUGGCAUUAUUUUCACAAUAUGUUCCAAUAGCUGUGUUAAUGUGCUAGAGUACUACUUACCUAGCUACUACCAGGUUGUACACGAGUACUCCCCUAGUAGAAGCGGCUAUAUGAUGAUCCCAAUAGUAGUUGGCGCCACUAUUGGAAUGCUCAUCUGUGGGUCGGGAACUAGCAUAUUCGGUUACUAUACGCCGUUUAUGCUCUUGUCUUCUACGUUGAUGCCUAUCUUUGCGGGACUUAUAACAACCUUUGGAGUUAAUACUAGCUUUAUACGGCAUCUCCUAUAUUCUGGCGCGUUCGGGGUGGCCAGCGGAGUCGGCUUUAACGCACCAAUCAGUGCCGUACAGACAGUACUGCCCAAGGAUGAUGUCUCUCUAGGUCUGUCGAUUGUGCUCUUCGCACAGCACUUUGGUCCCGCCGUGUCCGUUGCGAUAGCUCAAGUCAUUUUCACGAGCCAACUCUCGACCAAUCUAUCCAGGGUAGUCCCGGGUCUGAAUACUGCGUCUAUUGAAUCUAAUGGACUGUUAGCACUUGCGAGACAUGCACCACCAGCUCAACAUGGCGAGAUUCUUGCGGGUGCCGGUAGAAGUUUUGGUGAAACAUGGUAUCUAGCCGCUGGGCUGGCAUGUGUGACCUUGGUUGGGAGCUUGCUCAUGGAGUGGCAGUCGGUCAAGCAAAAGAAUGCUUAA